AUAUCCUUCAUAAAGAAAAAUUAACGUACUCACGGGAUUCCACCUCUAAAAGGACACCUUUCUACAAGCUGGACUCUGUUCCUCAUUCUUCUCUGUUCUAUCGUAUUGCAGCCCUCACUUUCUCUCUCUCGUCAUUUCUUCACUUUUUUUCGUUCUUUCUGUGUCUUCUCCAAAGUCUUAUUUCUAUUCCUCCUUCCCCUUGAUAAAGACUCUGUCACGAUCCUAAGCAUAUUCAAUAACCGAACACGUUUUCUCUCAGUCCAUUUUCAACCUCAGCCUGCACAAGAACUGUAACCGAAGCCAGAGCUAGAUUAUGUCACAUUUUUGUCACAAUCUGCCUUUUCUUCCACAAUUUCAUCUCCUUUAACCAAACCCGAUUUAGAGUCUUUCCAACAAAGAUCCAAAACUUCAUUGGUUUCCGAAACCAGCUCCAACUUGCUCAUUAGAAAGGCUUCGAUCAGAUUAGAAAAAAAAAGAAAAGGAAAAAGAAAAAGAGAAAGCUUCGAUCAGCCGAAGAUUGAGGAACCCACUAGAGGAAAAAGGGGCAAGGACCCUUGAAAAGAGCUGAAACCCGACAACCCAGCUGAAGAAUUUAGUGGAGUUUGGCCGCUGUCGCGGCUGUCAGAGAUUAUAGUUAAAUAGAAUAUGAGAAAGUACAAUAUUCAGCAGAGGUUUCAGAGGUAUUUCUGGCACGAAUCGGUGCUUUAUCGCCGUUUAGAAGCUACGAUCUGGCUUCCAUUAAUGAAAUCACCUGCUAGAUCCUCCGGUAUCUUCUUGUUCAUCAUCUUCCUCCUCGUCGGCGCGUUUGUUUCCACGCGCUUCUUCGACGUUAAUGGUGUAGGUGGCAAUUUAGCUUCGAAACCUAAACAAUCUUCAUCCCACUUAUACCCUCAAAAAAACCUUGAUAUCACCAUAAAGCCCUUCCAGCCAAUCGAGAUACCACUCGACUGCGCAGCUUACAACCGCACACGAACCUGUCCUUCAAACUACCCCACCACCUUCGAUCUCGAAGAAAAUCCAUCGACCCCCACGUGUCCGGAAUACUUCCGUUGGAUUCAUGAAGAUCUACGGCCCUGGGCCCUCACGGGGAUCACUAGGGACAUGGUGGAAAGAGCCAAAAAGACUGCCAAUUUUAGGCUGGUGAUACUGAAGGGCAGGGUUUAUGUGGAGAAAUAUCAUAGGGCGUUCCAGACGAGGGAUGUUUUUACCCUGUGGGGGAUCCUACAGUUGCUGCGGAGGUACCCAGGGAAAGUGCCAGACUUGGAGCUGAUGUUUGACUGCGUGGACUGGCCUGUCAUUAGGACAAUGGACUAUCAAGGGCCCAAUUCCGCGGGCCCGCCCCCGCUCUUCCGCUACUGUGGGGAUGAUAGCACACUUGACAUUGUUUUCCCUGAUUGGUCCUUUUGGGGAUGGCCUGAGAUCAAUAUAAAGCCAUGGGAGAAUUUGUUGAAGGACCUGAAAGAAGGAAACGGGAGGAAAAGAUGGAUGGAUAGGGAACCAUAUGCUUACUGGAAGGGUAAUCCAGCGGUUGCUGUAAAGAGGCAAGAGCUCAUCAAAUGUAAUCUUUCGGCCACUCAGGACUGGAAUGCUCGUGUAUAUGCUCAGGAUUGGUCCCGAGAAUCACAGCAAGGGUACAAGCAAUCAGACUUGGGCAGCCAGUGCAUGCAUAGGUAUAAGAUCUACAUUGAGGGGUCUGCCUGGUCUGUCAGUGAAAAGUACAUUCUUGCUUGCGAUUCUGUUACCUUACUGGUAAAGCCCCUCUAUUAUGAUUUCUUCACGAGAGGUUUGAUGCCUGUGCACCACUACUGGCCAGUGAGGGAUGAUGAUAAGUGCAAGUCUAUUAAGUUUGCCGUUGACUGGGGCAACAGCCACAAUCAAAAGGCGCAAGGAAUUGGGAAGGCCGCAAGUGAAUUCAUUCAAGAGGAUUUGAAAAUGGAAUAUGUCUAUGAUUACAUGUUUCAUCUUUUGAAUGAGUAUGCUAAGCUAUUAACAUUCAAGCCCAUUAGGCCUAGAAAUGCUGUUGAGCUCUGUGCGGAGACAAUGGCUUGCCCAGCCCAAGGAUUGCAGAAGAAAUUCUUUAUGGAAUCCUUGGUAAAUGGUCCCACGUACUCAAGCCCAUGCACUAUGCCUCAUCCAUAUGAUCCGCCUUCCCUUCAUUCAAUUCUGAAGAGAAAGGAAAACUCGAUAAAACAAGUGGAAUUAUGGGAGAAGAAUUUUUGGGAAAAUAAAACUAAGCAGACCUAGAAGGUUUCUCCUUCCAAUUUCCAGGUAUACGUAUAUAUAUAUAUAUAUAUAUAUAAUUCGGUCACGUAUUUAUGUAUGUUAAGGAUUCCUUCACUGCUCAAUUUAUAUGUAUGUCCUAUAUCGGAUAAUAUCAACAGAGAAAAGAGUGCAUUAAGAAUAAAAACAUCUAUAUGAAUUGCUAAGGUUUCAGAA